AUGAUAUCAAGUUUCCGCAAGGAACGGGGAGCGCGACGACGCGAGAUGGAGCCGGCUCUGGGCCUGCUCAAGUCGCACUCCCUCCAACCGGGCUUCGAACUCUCCCGCCUUGGCGAAAGCGGAAACUUGAUUUCGUUCACUCCUCGUCCGUCGCUAGAGCUUUCGCAGACCACUCCUGACGCGGUGGCGAAUGGAGGUGUCAGCGAAUCAGCUAAGGUGGUAACCCGCCAGUUGACUGCUGAGAAUCAUCGCCGGCAGCAGAGCUGCGGAGGGCACGGCCUAACCGGCAACGGUGAUGGUUACAAGCCGCCUGUAUUGACGGCGACGGAUGAACAGCCGUUAUUAUGUGACGGCCCGGCUAGAGCAGCCGCGGCGCCGUGGGGUGGUGAAUACAUUGAAGCGUUUCGAUCGGCUCGUGCAGAAGACCUCCUGAAGAACCACCUGAAGGACAAUCUGCAGGUGAAGGACGAAGAGUGCCAGGUAGAUGAACAGCGUCGCGUAGCCGACGCUCCCGGCACGCUGGAGAUCUCUGUUGUACCUGAGAGGAUUCAGGGGAAUUUCCAGGGUGAAGCUGGGCCGAUGGCGAAAUGCGAUGAUUUCACGGCAGCUGCAAUGACUGCUGAUUCAGUUGAAACGCCCAAUUCUGUCAUGGUAAACGCGGAAACUACCCUCUCUGUGGGCAGCGAAUCGCCGGCUGUCAGCAACGAAGAUGCGCCCGCGGAUUGCGGAGGGGGCGAGAGUGGUGGAUGGGAAGGGAAUGCGCGCAGAAGCGACGGGGAUUGCGCUGGCGAGAGCGCAGAAGAGGCGGCGGAAGGGGGUGCGCGGAGCAGCGGCUGGGAGGAGGGGGACGCGAAGGAAGCGAAGGAAGCGGCUACGGAGGUCUUCGAGAUGGAAAAUGGUGGCCUAGAGUGUAAAUCGCGGGCGCGUUUCAGAGGGCGGGUGAGCCUCCCCCAGCUGAACCUGCGCCUGACUGCCCUGCCGCUGCUUCGGGCAGAAAUCACGGGCAGCCCGAGAACAAAAGAGCAGGAGGAGGGAGCCCUGUGGACGGAGGAGUCAGGGAUGGGGAGAAGGGAAGGGCAGCAGGGGCGGAGAGGGGAAGGCGGAGCGAAUGAAUCCGCGGAUGGGGGGAAGGCGGAUGAGGGAAAGCGGAUGAGGUAA